GUUCUUGCAGCUCUAGUCCAAAAGACUUUUGUUUAUUAUUAUUUAGCCGCUAAGUUAGCGUUAAUUUAACAAAUAAUUAUGGAGGUCGAAUUCAGUAAGGACAACUUCCUCCUGCCGGAGAUGAAGUAUGAAUACCUGGACCACACCGCCGAUGUACAACUCCAUGGCUGGGGAACGAGUCUAAAGGAAGCCUUUGAACAAUGUGGAGUGGCCAUGUUCGGAUAUAUGACGGAACUGGAGUACGUAUCCGUGGAACAGUGCUUUGAGAUAGAAGCAAAAGGUGAUGAUCUGGAGGGAUUGCUUUUCCAUUUCCUCGACGAGCUGCUGUUCCUCUUCUCCGCCGAGCCAUACUUGGUGUGCAAAAAGCUGGAGAUCACCAAGUUCGAUAUGGAAACGUUCGAGAUCUCGUGCCGCUGCUAUGGUGAACCCUUUGAGCUGGGAAAACAUCCGCAGGGCACCGAGGUGAAGGCAAUCACAUAUUCGGCGAUGCAAAUUGUUCAGGACACGACGGCCAACCACUACGAGGUGUUUGUCAUAAUUGAUAUUUGAUUCAGCAGCUCCGAUCGUAUGGAAUUAAAUGUGACUGUUUUUGUUUCCACCCCUUUGCCUUUGCCUGCGUCCAUUAAUCAUAAGUGAAAUGCCAAAAAAAUACAUAUAAAACUGCUGCAUAAGCCCCGAAAAAUCUGCAAUAUCUCGUGCUGCGACUGCAUCCCUUUUGCUGAAACGUAAGAAGGAUGACUUAUCAAGAAAUCACUCAAUUGUGCGGCUGCAAAUGCAAUUAGGACUGGCUUUCUGCUCACCAAUCAAGAUUUACCCCUCUCUGCUCCUGCUUUUUUAUGUACUUUUCACAUACCCUUUAUUUUUUGCCAUGGACUUUGUGAAUUGGCAAUGCGUUGGAUUCCCAGACAAGCGCCGAAAUUGUUGUCCUUUCCCAAGACCGCAGUUCAAUGCACUUUUUAGUUGCACAGCCUUCAAGAGAGUUGGUCCAGAGUGCAAAGGAUUCUACAUACGAAAAAAAAAAAAAAAAAA